UACGUUUGUGUUGUUCCACAUUUUGUUUUGAAUCGAUUUUGUCAUAGAAAUUUCCCGCCAAAUGAAACCGAUGGAAAUUAUUUCUACUUAUAUAUAAACAAUUAACCAUUGUUCAGUUCUCAAUAAAUCGUUGAAUCAAGUUCAAGAAACAAAUUAUAAACUGAAAUCUACAGUCACACCGUAAUAGUCUCGCCGCGCAUGCGCUGCUGUGCUUUUUUUGCAUCCAUCACAUUAUAGCUUAAACGAAGUACUGUAACGAAUAGCAAAAAUAUAAACAUGGCCUAAAAUUUACGUACGUCUUUCAGUUCUUCUGUAAACUUUGCAAGGUUUUUUAUGUGAAUUUUUUCCAUCUUAUGGAAAAUGGAAGACAGCGAAAGGAAGAGAAAACUCGGAGAAUUUUAUCACAUCGUUAAAAGGCAAAUCUUGCGGUAUCAAAGUGGCAGUCUUGGUCUAUUUCCGCUACACCCGUUUGGUCCAAAUCCUGCAGAAGGCCAUGUGAGAGACAAUGUGUAUUGUGCCCAGGUUUUGUGGGCUUUGGCCUUGGCAUACAGACAAGUGGAUGAUGAUAAAGGAAGAAAUUACGAACUGGAGCAAAGUGCUGUAAAGUGCAUGAGAGGAAUUCUUUUCUGUUAUAUGAGACAAGCUGGAAAGGUUGAGAAAUUCAAACACAAUCAGCAGCCUCACAAUUCACUUCAUUCAAUGUUCAACAUUCAUACUGGAAAUAUGUUGCCUUUGAAUGAAAAUUGGCCACAUCUUCAAAUUGAUGCUGUAAGUUUAUAUUUAUUGGUCUUGGCACAAAUGAUUGCUUCUGGUUUGACGAUCAUAUAUACGCUUGAUGAGGUUUCAUUUAUACAAAACUUGGUUUACUACAUCGAACGAGCAUACCGCACACCUGACUAUGGAAUCUGGGAACGAGGGUGUAGAAAUAACAAUGGCCACCGUGAAUUACAUUCAAGUUCAAUAGGAAUGGCAAAAGCUGCAUUAGAAAGCCUCAAUGGGUUCAAUCUUUUUGGAAGUCAGGGAACAUCAUCUUCUGUAAUAUAUGUUGAUCCAGAUGCAUUUAAUAGAAACUGCACCAUUCUUAAAACAUUGCUCCCCAGAGAGUCCAGUUCUAAGGAAACAGAUGCUGCAUUACUAUGUAUUAUUGGAUAUCCAGCUUUUGCAGUGGAUGACGAGAAACUGAAGGAGACAACGAAGGAAAGACUAAUUGAAAAUUUGAUGGGUCAAUAUGGGUUGAAACGGUUCUUCCGCGAUGGGUACAAGACUGUAGUUGAGGACCCAAAUAGAGCAACAUAUUACAGUUCAGAACUCAAGUUAUUUGAGGGCAUCGAGUGUGAAUUUCCAUUCCUCUACAUUUACCUAUUAUUGGAUGCAUGGUUUAGUAACGACAAAGAAGCUAUUGAGAAGUAUUCGAAAAUGUUGGAUAAAACAUCGAUGGUGGAUUCAGAAGCAGGCAAACAAGAGGAUGGAGCUGACAUUCAUAGCAUUGGUGUUGUGCCAAAGUAUUUUUAUGUGCCGAAGUUCGCCGUUGAAGAUGAACGAAAAAAUCCCGGAAGUCAGGAGAGAUUGCCUUCUUCAAAAGAAUAUUGCAGUCUUUGGGAUCAAGCGUUGUACAUUAUUGUAAAGCUACUAGAGGCAGAUUUGAUUGACAUUGGUCAUCUGGAUCCUUUGGAAAGGCACAAAGGAAGGUCGAAUCUCGGUCACUAUGGUUACAUAAAUCAUAGAUAUUCUUCAUUUAAGGUCAUUGAGUCAGAUUUGGUUGUACAAGUCUCGUUGAUCGCGGAAAAUCGGAGUUUACAAGCAACUUUGGCAACCUAUGGAAUUCAUACCCAGACGCCGAAACAAGUCGAACCGAUCCAAAUUUGGCCACCGAGUGAAUUGGUGAAGGUUUAUAAGAAACUUGGUGUGAACAAAAAGUUAGCUCUAAGUGGAAGGCCUACUCGGCCGUUUGGUUCAUUAGCUACAAGCAAGAUUUACAGAAUUCUGGGUUGCACAGUUUUAUGUUAUCCGAUCAUUUUGGAAGAGAAAGAUUUCUAUAUGUCCUUGGAUAUGUCGCUUUUGAUUGAUGAAUUUCAGAGAAAAUUGCGCUUUAUCCGCAAUAAUUGGAACAUGAGAGGUCGACCUACGGUGUGCCUUCUCAUCAGAGACAAUCAUAUCAGAGGAACACAUUUCCAAGAAUUUCUUGACCUUAUGGCACGAUUGAAGAGAGGACAAUGCGAUGGGGUGAAAACAAGGCUUGGUCGACUUCAGACGUUUAUCUCUGGUUCUUGCGUAGAACAUUUGGAUUUUCUUAAAGACAUUAGUGACGUUCACAGUAAAAGCAGUACUGGAACUGAAACACAAGUGGAAGAGGAUCUCGUCUUUGAGCGGAUAAAAGAAGACUCAUUUUCGGACCAAGAGGUUUCGGUCCACAGCAUAACUGAUACAGCGGAAAAUGAGCAUCUCAUUACCCAUAAAGAAAAGUCAUUUAAUAAGGACGAACUUCGCAUAACAUCGAGCGAAGACCUUCUGCAGUUGUUGACAAAACGUGAAGCAAUUAAUAAAGAAGUUUUCAUUCUUGAAUUGUUGAUUAAACGAGAAGGAAUGAAGUGCGUGACACCAGAAGGGUCACUGGACGAACUUGUUCAUCAGCUCUACCUUAACGCUGGUCGUGUACAAGACUGGAAUGUUAUUCGGCAUUGCAGUGGAUUGCUAAGAAAGAUCGUGGACAGCCUGGCCCCAGCAAUUUCAACAAUAUUGGUUCAUGGUAAAGUGGUCACGUUGGGCAUGUUUGGUCAUGAGGAGAGAGUUGUUUACGAACCAUUAACUCCAGGAGCAAUUGAGAAAAUCCUUUUCGAGUAUUGUAGUCCUUAUGACGUCCGUGAAGCUGUUUUGCAACAAGAGAUGUUAAUUUAUCUUGCUUCCUUCAUUUCAACGAAUCCUGAUGUUUUCAAUGGAAUGCUAAAAAUUAGAGUCGGAUGGAUAGUACAAGAAAUGAAAAACCUAUUAGAAAGACAUUUUCCAAAAGAAAAUGUGGAAUUGGUCUACUCGUUUCCUCCAAGUAGAGUGAAAGAGUUAGUUUGGAUUGUUCUAACAUGUGAAGGUCGUAUAAAUGGGCGUGACCUUGCCCCAAGAAACGUUCUAGAGGAGCGUCAGCUCAACGGAGCCAUGCACCGAGUCCCGCGUGAUUUUUACUCAAUGGUUUGGAAAAUAUUGGGUCGUUCCGACAGUGGAUUUGAGCUAACGAGGUCAUUGUUACCCAAGUUUCCCACAAUGGAGGAGAUGACAGAAGGAGAAAAAAACUUUGCGCUAAAAGUCGAGGAAUUCUUGAGCAGUGUCUCAAAACCAGAAUACAGACAGCUGCUAGUCGAGUUGCUGAUGGUUAUGGCUACAAUUCUUGAGAGGAAUAAAGAAUUAAAAUUUCAUGUCGCCAUCAAGUUAGACGAGCUUGUAAAAGGAGCGAUGGAGCUAUUCGCAGAAGAAACUAAAAAGGACACGUCAGAAUUCUAUAGCAACCCAGCGUCUGGAAAGACUGGUACAACCACAUUCUUUGCCAGAACUAUUGUAAAUAAACUGCUGAAAGAGUCCGUUAAUGUUGAAGUGGAUGCCGAAUGUGUUAUAUCCUAGUUUCAGGAAUGAAUGCUUGUUUCACUUACGUUUUUCAUAACAACUUUUGUGAUAUUUAUCAUUUAUAGACCUUCGGGGAAUGCGAUGAAAUAUUACCCCCAAGUCCCAAAGGAAGAUAUAUCUUCCCGAUGGGGUAAUAUUUCCCCGAGCAGAAGGUCUAUAAAUUAUAUAUUAUAUCGAAACAACUAUAUAUUAUAUUUCCCCCUCCAUUUUGAAAUUGUUCAUAGGCGGGCUGACAGCCUCGAAUCUCGAUUUAGUCGUAUAUGCGAGGCAUCCACGCGUGGUACACGCAAAGUCUUUUAUAAGACUUUUAUAUUAUAAUGCGGGGAAAAUUCAAUCGAACGUACUCCAUGAUUAAUUAAAUGAUCCAAAUGAUAAUUGAAACUCGCCUAGGCGGAUGGCGUGUUUAUAUGGAGUUCAUUUUUGUAGUGCAGGCCGGCUCGUUCGACGACAUGUUUUAUUGUGGAAAACGAAUAUGCCAAUAUAUACACAUGCUCCAAAUGCAUGUUUAUCGCGAAUCAUCCCGGCCAAGCGGGAUGGAGUGUUUAUAAUUAUGGCAAUUUCUCGUCUUGUCUAAGCGGGAUCCCAGCACUUUUUGCCAGGCACUUCUUGGCGGGAUCCCGCCUGUGCUGGAUGGAAAAGUGGUCAUAUAAACACUAAUUAGUGUUUGUAUUACAAGCGGGAUCUCGGAAACUGUCCCGGCUAGGCGGGAUCAUAUAAACAGGCCCAUACAGUUAAUGAGAUAUAAUAUUAGUGACAAUACCUUAUGAAUUUGUAUAAAAUAUACCUGUAGAUUGUGACCGUGUUUAUUUUUUUUACCGACUAUAUGUCAAUAAGAUAGGCAUGUAUGGGCACGUGAAGGCAGGUAGAAAACGAAACUUAUCAACUCAGAAAUUUUCUGUUCAAAACCUGCGAGACUGGUUUUGCUUUAUCUCACAGACUAUCCAAAGUCUCUCAUACAUAAAAAUGUGAAAAUUUUGUGAACGUGAAAAUGUGAAAGCAAGUCAUAUAUGCAUGCAUCGAGUAGCUUUAUCUGGUCUAGACAUUUCGUAAAAAAAUCUAAGUGCCCAUUGAUGAAAGUAGAAAAUAACCCUUCCAUACCU